UUAUUUUAUGUGUAAAAUUCGAGUUGAUAUUAAAAAUAAUAUAAUCAACAAUCGUUUCACAGCUGCUGGAAAAUUUAAUCUUUCGUAAUUUGGUUCAUUCUUAUAAAAAUCAAGAAGAAGGACAGGAAGGAUGUAGAAAGAAAAAAAGUUUCUACUUGUGUAGCAAUUUGUAUUUGAGCGGUAUGUGAGAGAAUUUUGUAUAUUUUCGUGUCAAUCAGGAAGUGAUUAAGGCAGUUUUUAAUAAGGAUUUCCAGGCUCUGUGGCAGCUAUGUAUUAUUAUUUGAGAGUCGUGCUACUGGUGCUACUGGCUACAGCGGUGGUGGCCACUGAAAUAAAAAAAGCCGAUGACCUCAAGAACAAAAGAGGUUUGGAUCAUGGACUAGGUAACUUGGGCGGUCUCGGUGACCUUGGACACGGUGAUCUCGGAGUUGGUUUGGGAGUUGGCGGUGGUCUCGGCGGCGACAUCGUCGUUGGAGGAGGAGGAGUGGGUCUCGGCGUUGGUGUCGGCGGCGGUAUUGGAGGCGGUGACAGAGGACGCAUUUCCGGUAUCACAAUUCAUCGUGAAGUCACUAUUCCCGUACCACAACCCUACACAGUCGAACGACAAAUUCCCGUUCCAUAUCCAGUUCACGUGAAAGUGCCCGUCGAUAAUCCAGUUCCAUAUCACGUGCCAAAACCAUACGCCGUUCAUGUCGAGAAGAAGGUGCCCGUCAAAGUACCCGUCAAGGUGCCCGUUCACAUUGAAAAAGAAAUUCCCGUACCAGUUAAGGUGCCCUACAUUGUCAAGGAAUCGUAUCCAGUUUACGUCAAGGCUCACGAUCACCACGAUCUCAGUGGAUUGAGUGGAUUGAGUGGUUGGUCUGGUUUGGGUGGUCACGAUUUGGGACACCUUUGAAAUUGCUCAUUUUACAUCAUUGAUAACUAAUAAUAAUAAGAAUUAAAAAAAAAAAAAAAUACAAUGUCCAGCCGAGCAAAUUCAUUUGUAAAUAAAAAAAAAAUAAUUUGCUGGAUUUUUGAAUGUAAAGAAUAAGCGUUACGUUAUAAGCUGUGCGUAAAUUUGUCAGAGAGACUGUUUUUAGUGCAAUGCUGUAAGUAAAUUAUUAAUAACAAAUUUUUUUUUGACGAGAUUUUUUUUAUUAAAUAAAUUUGCAGACCUUGUCCUUUUUUUCGAUAUUA